AUGACCAAGGAAAAUGACCUAGGGAUGGGAAGAGGGAUAGCAACGCCACCGCCCUCCUCUCUCUGCUCAUUUGUCGACUUCCCUGCCGGGGAACGGCUCUUCUUGCGAGCAUCCCACCUCGCUUUCGGCGUCACCUCCUUGUCGAUGGAGGCCUCCCUCAUCAACCUCCUUGUUUCGCCACCCGCCAUCGUCGUCUCCUUCUCCGGCGACAAGUCUUCCAUCCGGCGGCUAGGAGUCCUGGCAGCGGAAUGCAGGGAACCCAUCGACGUCUUCUUCCCACCCUCGUUGCUCACCUCGACGUCGUCAUUUGCCGCGGCGCUUGUCGGAGACGGCUGCUCGUCGGGUCCGCCAACACCUGCGGCGGCCGAUGCCUCGCCAUAG